AUGGCUCAGACUGUAUCCAGUGACAGAAUGGAAAGUGAAAGAUGGAAGCACAUAUUGUACUUGACCAACCGGGAAUCCGAUCUUGCUCACGAGGAAUUUACACCUGGAACACACGUAAGUUUUACUUCCGGGUUGAUAAAUUAGAUACCUUUGUUUCCUUUACCAGCAUUUUUUAUUUUGUUUCUAUUUUUAGAACUUCGAAUCCGUUCAAGGAUGCCCUGUUCUUGUUGUCGGAGCCGGAGGUUUGGGAUGUGAAAUCGUCAAGAAUUUGGCACUUUCCGGUUUCCGCAACAUUGACCUUAUAGACAUGGACACAAUCGAUGUCUCGAAUCUGAAUCGUCAAUUCUUGUUCCGUCAGUCAGAUGUUGGUCGGAGCAAAGCGGAAGUGGCCGCGGAAUUCCUAAUGAAACGGGUGGGAGGUGUAACUGUUACUCCGUAAGUUUAUCUUGCUUUUCUUACUUGUUGUUUUUGCUUUUAGUCACAAUUGCAAGAUCCAAGACAAGCCGGCAAGCUUUUAUCAGAGUUUUCCCCUUAUCAUCUGCGGAUUGGAUUCGAUUGAAGCCAGAAGGUGGCUGAAUCAGAUGGUUGUAAGUUAAAUUUUACUUUCGCCCACGUUCGAUCGCUUCGUCCUUGUACCUUGUUUUUGAUUUAUCAUGAGUAAUGCUAUUAAAGGGUAAAAUUUUAUAAUUUUUAGUGUGAUCUAGUCGAAUAUAAUGAUGAUGCGACCGUCAACGAAGGCACUGUGAUUCCUUUGAUUGAUGGUGGAACAGAAGGAUUCAAAGGGAACGCUCGUGUCAUAAUCCCUCAUAAGACUGCCUGUGUUGAAUGCACUCUCGAUCUCUACCCUCCGCAAGUCAAUUUCCCCAUGUGUACCAUUGCGAACAUUCCUCGACUACCAGAACAUUGUAUAGAAUACAUCAAAGUGGUCACAUGGGAGAAGGAGAAGCCAUUUGGUGAUGAUCCCUUGGAUACGGACAUGUCCGACCAUGUUCAAUGGGUAUAUGAGAAAGCCUUGGAGAGGGCAAAGCAGUUCAAAAUCGAUGGAGUCACCUUGAGAUUGACAUUGGGAGUGCUCAAAAGGAUCAUCCCGGCAGUGGCUUCAACGAAUGCGGUGAUUGCUGGGGUCUGCGCAUUGGAAGCCUUCAAACUGGCUUCGCUUUCAGGACGUUAUCUGGACAAUUACGUCAAUUUUCAAGAUAUUACGGGUGCCAACUUCAGUGCCGUUUCCUUGGAGAGGAAUCCAAAUUGUCCGGUUUGCAGGGAUAAAGUGGAAUUGAUGACUGUGGCGACUGGACAGACCUUGCAAGAUAUGAUCAAGUACUUGGAGAAUAAUUAGUAAGUUGAUUUUUUUGUUUCCGGAGAUUUUUAGGCACAUGGAUCAAUGUUUUACAAAUGAAAUUAUUUUAGUAACGCAUCCAUGCCCCGAAUUUACGCUGGAGACCAAGUCGUCUUCACUGACAGUGAUCUCAUGCCCGAAAUUAAGGAACAAUCCAAACAGAACCUGCUCCGAAACCUUCCAGAUAUUGGUCUGCAUAACGGUGCGAUCAUUCUCGUUGAAUCCGCCAAUCUUGAGAGACCUCUGCUAAUCCGGUUAAAGUACACAGACUAA